UCAAACCGCAGAUUUCAAUCAAAUUGCAGAAGUACAGACAACGAUGAUGUCAGAUUAUAUUCAAAAAAUGAUGCGAAGUGAUUUGGUGAUUCUGAACUCAACACUGCUCUAUGCCACUAGUCACGUGGACUGCGCAAGGAAGUGUCUGUCUCUUCUUUGUUAUUGUUAUUCUUUUGACAGUCAACAAAAAAUCUGCGAAAUUGGCAAGUGUAGCAUUGACCAUGUGAAUGUAGUCCCAAAGAAAGAUAUUUACAUUCCUUGUGAGUUCGACAAAGGUUUUCAAUUCGUCACAAUUGGAGGUGCAAGAGAAUGUCUUUCAGUGUCCACAAAGAAAUAUGAUUACAUCAGGGCCAGGGAUGACUGUAGAAGUAAAUCAUCUAAUCUUUACACCAUACAUAAUUUGUCUAAACUCACCUGGUUGCAACGUACAUUUGGUAACACCUACUUCUGGGUGGGACUCAAUGAUAUCGAUGUGGAGAACACUUUUAGAUGGGAAGACGACAACUCUGUGAUAAGUGAUUUCCUCAAGAGUUCCACAUUCGCUCCAGGUGAACCAAACAAUGGAAGGGAUGGUAACUGUAUGAUCUAUUAUAAUUAUUACCAGCUUCUCUACGACAAUACUUGUAACUCUAAUUUUUCGUAUGUUUGUGAAAAGCUUCUAUUCAACUUUCAAUGAUAGCGACUGUUGAAAUUUCUUAGUUAGCGAUCGCAAGAUCAAAAACUGAAUAGGAAAAGAAAUAUCAAUAAAUCAAUACUUGAUACUU